AGGAGAUGACCAGAGAAUGCAGACACAGUACAGAAGAUGACCAGAGACUGCGGACAUAGUACAGGAGAUGACCAGAGACUGUGGACAGUACAGGAGAUGACCAGAGACUGCGGACACAGUACAGGAGAUGACCAGAGACUGCGGACACAGUACAGGGAUGACCACAGACUGCAGACACAGUACAGGAGAUGACCAGAGACUGCGGACACAGUACAGGGGAUGACCAGAGACUGCGGACAGUACAGAAGAUGACCAGAGACUGCGGACAUAGUACAGGAGAUGACCAGAGACUGUGGACAGUACAGGAGAUGACCAGAGACUGCGGACACAGUACAGGAGAUGACCAGAGACUGUGGACACAGUACAGGAGAUGACCAGAGACUGCGGACACAGUACAGGAGAUGACCAGAGACUGCGGCCACAGUACAGGAGAUGACCAGAGACUGCGGACACAAUACAGG